CUUGCUUAUCGGCUGAAGCGUCGAAUGAAUGAGCCAGCAGAGGGCAGUGCUAUACUAAACCGGAAAGUUACGUUCCCCUCCUCCCCAUCCACACUAUCACAACAAAAAAGGACGAUAAACAUUCAACGUCGACAUGGCUAAAACGACGGAAAAAUCUACACGAAGCAAAACAAACAAAUGGAAAAAUGAAAAAUCCAAAGUUCGGCGAUCGAAAAGAACAUUGGAAAUAAAAUCACAGAGUAGCAGUGGGUUUCAGUCCAAGCUGCUUCUCUCUAAGAAACGCAUAUCACCUCGUCACACUAAGAAACCCCCAGUAGCAGCAGCAGCAGCAGCAACAGCAACAGCUAAAGUGGUAGCUGCUGGUAGCAAAGCUCCAAAGAAAAAGACCAAAGAAAAGAAAGCCAGUCCUUCCAAAGCUAAAACUCCGUCACCGAAAACAAAGAAAUCUACCUCUGAUACCAGUAACAAUGUAACACCAGAUAAGAACUUUUCUGUGGACAAUAAACCAGUGAAGAAGGCCUAUGUUGUGUUUGUUGGUAACCUACCUUACAGUGUUACAAAAGAACAGCUAGAGGAACACUUCCGUAAAACAGGAGGAGUCAAAAAAGUUCGAAUUCCUACAGAACGUGGCACAAACAAGCCUCGAGGAUUUGCUUACAUUGAAUUCAAAGACAGAAUUAGUCACAAGAUUGGUUUGCGUCUGCAUCAUACUCAUCUGAAUGGGAGACAAAUAAAUGUCGAAUUCACUUCAAUAGGUGGAAACAAUCCAAGAAGACGAGAAAAAUUGCAACAGAAAAAUUUGAAAUUAAGCAAAAUGAAAAAAGAAUUUCCAAAAGGUGAAUCUGCUUGGAAAUAAUUUCCAUCAUUUCAUCCUAAGGAAGGAAGUAAAACUUGAUUUGACAGUUUAGGAAACCACCAGCAGCACCACCACCACUUUAACAACAAAGAAGUGACACGAGCUACCAGAGCAGCUAUCAAUCACUUACCAAGGUUGCUUUGUUAACAGACAGUGGAAAUUUACAUAAAUUUUUGUCAUUCAUUUGUCUGUAGCUCUGUGAAAAUAUCCUGUGUCUAUCUUGAUUUCAAGAAAAAAAAAUUAUUUAGUGCUUUUACAAGAGAGCUAUUUUAUUUAAGGUUAAUUAUUCUUUAGAAUGAAUAGUGAAUUCUAAUAAUCUAGCCAAAUAGUUUUCUUCCAGGAUUCUUGUUCUUCCAUUUAGACUAUUGGGAUAAGUAUAUUUUUUCUAGAAGCUAAAAUGUUUUGGCUACCUUGCUAGGCAUGAUUUCAGAAUUACUAAUCAUUAAAAUACAAACACUUCAGACUAUUCAAAAUAUUUAAAGCUACAAAGCAAAGGUUUCCAAGUUUUAAAACUUAAUUUUCUUGUUUGCAACAAAAAGUUUGGUUAGAUUUUUAAAUAUUGUUUGUAGACUACACAAAAUGCAAUUCACUUAUUUCAUCAGAUAUUUCAUAUUGCUCUCUAUUCUUCCUCUCACAUCUGAACUAAAUUCUUCUUUUGAGUUAGAAUUUAAAGACCCUAUAUUUGUGGGAUAGGGAUUCACUGCUGUAUGCUGUUUCUGGAUCUUUCCCCAUUUUAAUAAAUUUAUGGCCAAGCUAAGAGGAAAAUUCCAAACUCCAAACAUCAAUCAUUUACUUUCUUUGCAAUUGUGACUGAACCCAAUCAUAAAAUAUGGAUACUCUGUUUCUAUUGCAGGAAUUCACUGAAUUAUUUAUUUAUUUAUUUAUAAAAUAACAUGCCAGACUUUCUGUUUUCUCUACCAUUGAUAUGAAAUGAGGAAGCGUAUGAUUUUAUUGCAGUGAAUUAUUCCAUUAAUAGCAUUUCACAUUUCAGUUCCAGAGCAACUGUACAGCCCCUUUACACAUGUAAAACAGUUGCAAAAGAGGAGAUUCAGGUUAAACAAAACUAGCACAUUUUGUUGUUAAUGUCAAAAACAUUUCUUGUUAUCUGGGCAACAAUUCUUUUGCUCAUAUACUUUGUAUAAGUCUUAAUUUUUUUUUGUUACAUGUCUUUUAACCUUAUUUCCUAAUUGUCCGUUUUAUAUUCAUUAAUCGGGACUUCCAUGUACCAACAGAGGCCUUUAAAAUAAAAAAAAAAAAAGAAA